AUGUGCUGCGUGGGAAGGGCCGUGGAGGGCGAGGUGCAAGUGCAUGCGCAUGCACACGCUCUCUCGCAAGAAGCAGUAUUCACUGCAGCGGCUGCAUUGCGAUAUCAGGUCAGUGUGCGAUUGGGAAAAAAAUUAUCCCUUGGCGAGAGGAUUCAGGACUACACCGCGUGUCAUGAAGCACUGGCUAUUUUCGAGAUCCUCGAGCCAGUAUUGCUCUACCUUCCGAUACGGUCCUUGUUACUCGCUCAGGGUGUUAGCAAGUCUUGGCGCGGUGUUAUCGAAAGGUCUCAGUCAAUUCAGAAAGCUCUCUUUUUCUUCCCGGUGCCUGAAGGACCUCUCUGCUAUAUGGAUUGGGAAUUCGACGACAAGAGGUACUAUUAUCCCUUCUGGAAUCUUACCCGGAAUCCGGAACGGAAUCGGCCAAUCUGCGGUGAAUACGGAACCGAAACGUACGUGCAAUACCGAGCACACUGGGGACAAACGCGGCAAGAUGUGGGCAGAUAUCGCGUGUUCGUGAAUCCCCUACUUGCUGAGCUUUUUCCGAUUCUCAGCCCGAGAGGCACUUGGAACUCGUUGAGUGAUCCGCCCUCAGGCAUGAUGAAUCCAAACGCUUCGUGGAGGAGGAUGUACCUGACCCAGCCGCCUGUCGCACAGUUGUUUAUCAAGAGCAAUAGGUCAGAUCGUCUCUGGGAGUACACGAGUCUGGACACCUUCAGCCAGAGCAUUUUCUGCGGCCUCCGCGGACGGGAACUCUGGGGUCGACUCGGCCACGAGAGUAGGAGGAUGUGGAUCCAUGGUGUAAUGGACUGGCAAGAGUACAAAGGGGCGGACGACCUGAAGCGAGUAGUCCGCAAAGCAGGUGAGCAGGGUCGGCUCUGUUCCUAG